CCCGGUAGCCAUCAGCAAGUUGUGACAACGACUGCCACACCCACCACUUCCUUUCAAAGUCAGUUCAAUAAUGCCUACGUAGACGUCAAUGCAAUAUUUCGUCCAUCAGCAGCAUCACCCACCACCACUAGUACCGUUACAAUGCAGCAUACCUUUUCGUCAACGCAUCAUCCGCUGCCACACAUAACGAAUAACAAUAGCAGCUCCUUAGUGUAUAUAAACGGGACCCAUCAUAGCUCGGCGAAGCAAUCGUCGCCGGAUCUUCAUUCUCAUAAUCAUCAACAUCAACAGACUGUAUCCGAGAGCCAGACUGCCAACACCACCAUCGAUUCCGCACGGUCCAAAGCCGCCGCUUCCGACGGAUACGGUGAAUGUGGAAACGGGACAGACGAACAACCUGCCACUGCCACUGACGCGACGGAGGACGGAAGUCUUGAUGCCGCAAAAUCCGGUGCCGUCGUCCCUGCUGCCGCCAGCGAAAAGGAAGAGGAGCAGGAACAGGAAGCGGAACCGGAGAUCGACAUUGUCAUCAACAACGUGGUGUGUUCGUUUAGCGUGCGCUGUCAUCUGAACCUCCGGGAUAUCGCACUCAAAGGUUUCAACGUGGAGUUCCGACGAGAAAACGGAAUGGUAACGAUGAAACUGCGGCGUCCCUACACGACCGCGUCCAUAUGGUCGUCGGGCAAAAUUACCUGCACUGGUGCUACAUCGGAAGAUCAGGCAAAGGUUGCGGCCCGGCGUUACUCGCGUUGCCUUCAGAAACUAGGUUUUAAUGUUAGGUUUAGGAAUUUCCGAAUCGUGAACGUGCUGGGGACGUGCAGUAUGCCGUGGGGCAUCAUGAUCGUCAACUUCUCCGAAAAGUACAAGAAGGAUGCCAGCUACGAGCCGGAACUGCACCCGGGUGUCACCUACAAGCUGUACAACCCGAAAGCGACGCUGAAGAUCUUCUCCACCGGUAGCAUCACAGUGACGGCCGCCAGCGUUGCCUUUGUGCAGGCCGCCAUCGAGCACAUCUUCCCGCUGGUGUACGAGUUCCGAAAGAAGCGUACCCCGCAGGAGAAGAUAGAGAUGCUAAAACAGCCCGCGUUCGAUCCAGAAUCGCUGAUCGAAGAAGAAUGUGAUAUCGAGUCGACCACCAUGUUCCCCGUCGGGAACAACGACGACGAGGAUGCGGACGCGUUCGAUGACGACGAGGACGUCCGCGUCAACCCGAAUGACACCAAAGCAAUUAGCCACCUGCGAAGAAAUCGCCGUCGAUUCUGCAAGUCCCGCUACAGCAGCUCGCGGAACGGUGGCCGGCGGCGUCCUUCUGGAAAGGCAGACAACGACCCCACCGAGGACGCGAUGAUCGUGUCGGACGACGACGACGACGUCGAGGAGAUCGAGAGUGACGAUGAGUAGACAGAGAUCAACCGCAAAAUAAUGCACAUAUAGUAGAUUCCUAUUUUCCUCUGGCUUUACUCAACUCGUUUCUUAGCGAAACCUAGUAAUAUUCGAUGCUUGUUCAACAAUGUUUUCUUUAUUACGUUUCAUCCAUCGUUUUUCUAUUGUUUUCUAAUAGAAAAACUGUGGUUUCAUGUGAGAAACACUGGUCAUAGACAACUUACACAUACACAUACAUACAUACAGACAUUGAGCAAUUGAGCAAGCCUCUCCUUUGAAACACAUUUACCUUAAAGAAAAACUACAACAAAUCCUGUGAAAAAUUACGAUUAUGUAUGAAGCCAAUAGCCAGCAUGGAAUCGAAACCAUUCAGUUUCGUCAAUGUGUUACGCCAAAAUAGGGUAGCCUUAUUUUUUAAAGAAAUGUAACGCAUAAUUUCAAAAGAAAGGUGCAAAUUGCGCUGUCCAACAAUAGAACAUACUCCCAUUCAACGCCACCAUCGCCAAUUUAUAGGAGGGUGAAUGAGUAGAAUUGUCAAUCCAGGCACGCAAACUGUUGGCAAAGUCGAUACGAAAACAGCAAUUCUUCGAUUGUCCAAAACGCGUUGAGAUAUUUACGGUUUUUGUUGCUUUUACACUUUACGUUGGCGACAAAGAAGCUGCAGUGCACCUAUCGGUUCUGCUUUAUCAACUCUUGUGGCACUGCUGUCGUCGUCCAGUUGACUCUCAUCGUAUUGAAAUAAUAGCACGUUGCUUCAUUUGCUGUUAAGCUGUGCGGAAUGCAUACUCAAACUUUCAAACUGUUGCAAAUGCGUACGUCAUAAAUUAUUGAAUAUUUUUGAGCUAACGUUACAUAAAAAUAGUCUUCGUAUGAAAUGAGAUACACAACAAAGAUCACCAAAAAAUCACAUUCAAGCUUACACACCAAACGCUUUCAGCAAUAUUUUGCUGAAUUUUGCCGAGCUGAAGGGUCCAGCAAAAUUUUUUGCUGAACUUUCAGCAAAGUUUGCUGAAUUUCAGCAAAACGUUACUGAUGAUCAGCAGAGUUUACUGAACAAAUCAGCAAAUUUAUUGCUGAAACUUUCAGCUCGGCAAAAUUCAGCAAAAUUUUGCUGAAACCCUCAAUCGAUUUUUUGGUGUGUAAGUUUGAACGUCGUUCAGCUUUGGCAGCUUAUUUUUUUUUUGAAUGAAAAAAGUACAAGAAAUGUAAAGCUUGAACGCUGCUUUACACAUGCCAUUUCGGAAGGCUCAGUUUGACUCAUGUUUUUGACUAAAUGAAAGAACAAGUAUCGUUUUGGGUAGGUGAUGAUAUGCUGUUAGUUUAAUAAUAUUCGAUUUCGUGACGUUCCCGUCUUUGAAUAGACGUACUUUCAAAAACUUAUGAUAGAAAUAGCAAUAUAAACCAAGUGUUUUUUUUUUUUAAGUUUUGAUAGUUUGUGUAUCCAAGAUAUCUGCUGAACGGAAAAUGAAGCACCGUGCUAAACAUGAUGUGUGUUACAUUAGACGAGCUGCGUUCCUAAAGCAACUAAAUCAAACAUAACAUGAAGAAGGAUCACCAAUCGAAUAAUGUGACUAAACGCAUGGGCAUUAAUCACGUUCUCUGUGACCACUUUCAUUACUACAUAUUAGGAAUGUUGGAAUAUCAUUGUCGGACAGAGGAGGUGGACGACGACGGUGGUCCCUUUAAUCACAUGUUCCGAAUCAGACCAAAAACUAAAACAAAACAGUAAACGAUUGAUAUUUCCACCGCCACCGACGUCGUUGUUGUCCAUACAAAUCAAAUCCCGUGUAGAUAUUGUAUUUAUUUUAGAUCAAGUUACAAACAAACACACCGAAUGCGCGAGAGUGUCGCUGUAGAAUUUUGUCUCGUAUCUUCUUGUCGCUUUAUUUUACUGUAAUUGUGGGAAUUUUGAUCCGCGUUUCCAUUACACAAUUCUGUUAUUCUAUCUGUUUUCUUCAGAUUGUUCUUUCUGUUAUGAUAUUCUUUAUUUCAAAAACAAAGUAGAAACCGAAAGGGAAUACUAUGUUGCAUUCGUGAUGAGCACCGCGUCGAACUAGCAAAAUCAAGAAGUGUUUGUAUUCCAUUUCGAGCCUAAGAAGGUUGUUCAAGCACUGACUUCAAAAGAAAAAUGUUAAAACUCAUAAUUUUAAACGUUGGAAUCAUUUUCCAGCGGCAUACUUUACUAUAUAUUUAAGACACUUUACCACUUAAGUGGCAUUCGUGUCUGAAUUAACUACGGCAUACUUUGUUCUAGAGUAAUUGUACGCGAUUUUUGUUUAUCUUUUGUUUUUCUGUUUUAAAUAUUAAAACAAAAAAAAUCCUAUCGAAACCUAUCAUAUAUUUGUAAUAAUCAAACGUGAGAGCUGCAUGCGCCCAAGUAACCACGAAGCCGUAUAUAAGUGCAUCAAUUUUGCCAUAUAUUGAUAAUUAAAAUUGUGCAUAUAAUGCUGCAUUACUUUAAACCCCUCAUUGAAGCAAUAUUAAAGUCGAAAAGGGCCCCACUAAAAUCAAAUUAGUGCCACAUUUUGCAGCACGCUGACAGCCAUUGCUAAAGUAACAUAAAUGCAUGUGCUGUAUAUUUGCAUUUGCACAUGCUGAAUACGUGCAACACGAAAAACCAAAACAAAAAUCUAUUUUUAGCACCGUUUCGUUAUCGACGGUACUGAUGCCCCCACACAUGACUGUUUUAACCAUUAUUUUUUGUCGCCGGGUCGGGAGUCGAACCAGAAGUGUUGUAGACCACUAGAUGAGUUCCAUCGCGCUGGCGCCUUGGACCGUUUCUGCUGCAGUGAUAACAACAGAUUUUUCAUUAACUAAAAGGAAACUGAUCUUCUGUCUCAAUCAUUGCAGUAAAAGCUAAAACGACUAUGUCAUAUGUAAUAGAAUACAGUAAUUUAUCACGUUCUAAAGAUAUUUAAUCAAUAAGAAAAUUAAAACGUCGAUUAAAACACCCUUCUUGCCCCUAAUUGUGAUUUCCAUCAUUAUUAGCAUGUGAUAGCAACCUACAGAAAAGAGAAAAGGUCAUCUACAAAAAGGUUUUGCUGUCGUCGAUCGGUGGCUCAAAUGAGGAUUAAGUUGGCCGGAGUCGAACCAGAAAUGUUGAAUGCUGAUGGAGUUGACCGUAAAGUUGUUGAAUCUUCUUGAUUUGAUUUGUUUACCAUUAGAGUCAAGUUUUUAUAAUUGUAUUGUUAGAGCAAACUUUGCUAGUUUGUACAUUGCAUUUAUUCAGUUUUUGCAGUGCUGAAUUAUUGAAUUAUCGUAUAUCACCUUUUAAUGAACCCUAAUGUAAAGAAAAAUGCAAUGCAUCAUUACAUUGAUAAUGCCAAUCUAAAGGAUUGUUGCAUGACAAGUGUGGAAUUACUGCAUUUCACAUUGCAGAUGUUGAUAUUCAGUCUAAUUCGUGCAAUGCUAUAAUGCUUGUGGUUACUUGGGCGGAGCGAAAGGUGUUUUGGGUGCCUUGUGCGUGAUAAUAUGUAUCGGUUUUCAGUUUGGGUGUGUCGUCAUUUUCCACAAGCGUUGAAUGAAUGAUUUAAAAAGCAAGAAUAGAACCCCCUGAUCAACUUUUAUGUACCAUGUUGUUUGAGUAGUUCGGUUUUAUAGCUUAUCUUUGUUGAAUAGAGGUUGGUCAAAUUUUAACUUUGUGAAUGUUGAUGUUCCAGUCAGAAGGCAUUUUUGAUAUUUCUGUCAUACAUCUUUCAGUGCUUUCUAGGAAAUAAAUACUUAAGGGUUUCAAGAAUACUCGGAUACUUUUUCAAAUAGACCUAUACAUGCAAAUCCUAGUUAAUACGUCCAUUUGAAAAAGUAUUUGAGAAUAGUUAAAAGGAGUUUGUGGGAAGACAAAGUAUGUAGGAGAGAAAAUCAUCCCAUUUCCCUUCAUUCCAUCUUCACGACAUAGGUACCUAGUAAGUUCAAUACAUUAUAUUACGCCUACAAAAUGGCAAUCCGAGAAAUGUGCCGCAUCAUCUUCCUUCACAGUAAACUUAACGGCAAACCACACACCAAUGUGAACCUCUUCCAAUCAACAAUUUCCCAAACACUUCAACGUCUCUACGCGAACUUUCGCAGUGGUAUACUUUCGUACCAAUAUAUAGUAGAAUACAACAUCUCAAAAUGGAUAUUUAAUCAGCAGUUUUCUCAGAUGACAUCAUGCUAAGCCAAAUGGAAUUAUGACAAACAGAGUGGACCCUUUUACUUGACAUACUCCAUUUAACAUAGUGGCAAUCGACAUAAAGUUGUGUCAGGCCAUUUAGUAAAAUGUUGUUUGGGAUAACAAGAAUACAAAAUUUAAAAUAGUAGUUUACGCAACAAGGUGCAGAAUGACGAUUUUUACAGCACGAGUCGUACAUUUAUCCAACGAGGCUUGCCGAGUUGGAUAAUUACGACGAGUGCUGGAAAAAUUGAGUUCUGCACCGAGUUGCGUGCAACGUUUUUUGCAAUUCUAUAAAUUAUCCUUGAGGAUAGUUUUCAACAAAAUUUUUUCAUCAAACUGCACACUGAUGUUCAUAGUCAUGUUUGAGAAAAUCUGAACAUAACAGGUUAUAUGUACUGUGCAGUUGUAACAAUUUUUCAAAACUGCGCCCAGAAAGCAUCAAGAAGUUGACCAAAACUGAAAACAGUGCUGUAAUGGUUCAUUACGCAACGCAAAUCAGUGCUGUAAUGAACCAUUACAGCACUAUUGAUUUGGUGUGGGAAAGUAGGCCUUUUCCUGUCAGAUUUGCGUGAGGUAAAACAGCCUAUUACGAUGAGAAAUUGCAAAAAAAAUGGAACGUAAUUGUUGUUAGACCAAACGUUACUACGCCAAAAUGUGUUAUUCCCAAUCCUCGGGAAACCUCCAACCUUUAAAACUUUAUCUCUGCACAUUAUUCUACAACAUUGGAAAAUGGCGUCCACAAAUCCAAUACAUGUGUUCAUUUCAGUUCCUACUUUUUUAUUUAUAAUCGGAAACCAAAAAAGCAACCCUCAUUCGUACUGAUUCGCGCCAAGGCACUCACUAGUGAGCGCAAUUCGUUCGCAACGACCAUAUCGCAAACGAUCGUUAUCAAUUAUCAUCAAUUCUCUCCUCCUGAUGGAAUCGAGAUCGAGAGAUUAUCAUUUUUUGUGUGACAGCAAGCAGCAAGUAAACGACAUAAUAUCGGACAAGUGAACCAAGUCAAUAAUAUCACGAAGUAAAACAAAUCUAUUUUCAUCGAACCAAUACCACCUUUCAAGAAGGGAAAGUACGUUUUUCCUGUAUUUAUUCCCUAAUUCUAAAUAUCGCGGCAAAUUGUCAAUUGCUUAUACCAGUUUUCUAUCUUUUAUUACGAAGGCGUUUUCUAAGUAUGUUUUCUACUGGUUUUUCUUUGCUUUGUUCCGUAUCCGCAUUAGGCUCCCAGCUGCUGAAAACACGUUGUCCAGCAAAAGUUGUUGUGGAGAUUUUAGCGGUCAGUGCCCACACUCUCGGGUUAAUCUGUACUAAAAUAGGAGAUACAAUCAAAAGAUUGGAGCAAAUCUGUCAUUAAAAUUGUGGAUGCAAAAAUAGAACCAGAAUAAAGCAAAGGAAUUUGAAAACAGAGCAAAAAUAAAGGACGAAAACAAAAGUGCUUUUUGUAAAUUAUUUAAUAAACAUAUAUAAAGUUACUCGUAAUAAGGAUGAAAGCUGACAUCUAGUAUUUGGAAGAUUUGUUUAGGAAUAGCCGUGCCGUAACUAAGGCAGAAAAACAUUAUAGAAACGAUAAGCAACAUAAUAACAAGCCUUCCCUUCUUCUAUCACACGAACUAAUGGGAAACACAUACUCGGUUAACUCGGAAACCCAAUUGAAGAGACAAAUAAACCAAAAAAGAAAUCCCAAAUUUUUCCCAUCUCCCUUUCCCGUCCAAAAGUGAAAGCGCCCCCUUUGUGUCCAGCAGUGCUAAAUACAAUAAAACAAAGCAAAAACAGAACAAAAAAUAUGUGAAUCAACAUCAACAACAACACGUAAAAUGCAACAUGAGGUAGCGUAACAGUAAUAAUUGUUCAGAAUAAUAUAACUCUUUAAUGAAAACAAAUAAAAAUACGUGAAAUGAAAAUGAAAAUCAUAAGAGUGUAAGUGACAAACCAAAGACUUAUAAGUAAUUUAUAGUAAAACAAAAAAUAAGGCAAAGAAAACAUAACAAAAAAAAACAAUUAAACAUUGUGAAGAAAAUGCAAACCUAUUAGCGACAGAGGAUCAAAUACACACUAUGAAAAAAUAAUCAAUUCAAUUGUACUGCGAACCGAAAGAAACAACAAAAUCACUAUAGAUAUUAAGGAGCAAAGUAUCACUUAGAACCAGUUUUGUACAUCCCUUCCUGCAUCCCCUGUGUUCCGCCUGGCGUCUCCUAACGUAUAUGUAUACAAAAAAACAACUGAAAUCUCAUCCAAAUUUGACGACUUUGCUCGGCACACCGUCGCUGUCGAAAUGCCGAAUCGGAAGGGGGUACCCCAAACGUACGAUUCCCGUACAGGAAAGUGAUAGAAAAUAUGUUUUAUUUUGGAAUAUUUAUUUAAGAAAAUAAAGCAAACGCAAAUUCACAAAGAAUAAGCCUUGGCCACCACCCCCGCCACCAGCACCGACCGAAUGUCGUUCGGUUUUAUACCGAUGAAUCAUCUCUGGUAGCAUUUCAGGUUUUAUUACAGCAAUGAUGACCAUCACAGCUAGUUAAAACUUUCAUAAAAUCAAAAAUAAUGCUACGAAAUUAACCGUGUGAAAACUGUUCAUUUUCAGUGUAAUCAAACCACGUCAAACAUACAAAAACACCAUGUUGAAAAAAAACAAACAGCUGGGACGAAGUGGUGGAUUAGGAUGAACUUCAUUCAUUAAGAAAUAGUAGAUUUUAGAUGAAAAAUAUACUCUUUCUCAAAGGUAAGUUCAUCCAAAUUCAUUCUAGUGUAUUGAGUUUUGCAUACAAAUUUAACUUCAGUUUUCUCCCUAAAAGAAAAGAACGACAACGAAUGUUGAUUCCCAAGCCAUCGGAAACGAUCAAAAUUCGUGUAGGAGGGAAGAGGACGGGAAGAACAAGGAUGAACUGAACGUUCAUUCGUGACGUUAUCGUGCAAAACGUAAUUAUCACUUUCUCAGCUGUUUGCUUACCUGAUCAGAUUUUUUUUUAAUCUUCUUUCACGCAUCAUGGAUUCUAAAUUCAUGACGUUCAUCCUAAGUGAAUCGAUGAAAUACGUAUAAAAAAACUACUGGCAAAAAACACAGGUCAACGAAAGUAGUUCACUUAAAACGAAUGUGGAUGAACUUAUGGUUAAGAAAAAGUAGAUUUUACCUUUAGAAUUUUGUUUUUCUCAACGAUAGGUUCAUUUGCGUUCAUCCAGUUCUAAUGGUCUAUGAAUUGCUAGCAUCGUAAACUCUGUAUAUCAUUUUACAGUACUUAUAACAGUGAAUCAUCAUGUCGUGAACUUUUCUACUCGAAAUUGAAUCUAUUGGUUUCUAACGAAAUAAUGAACUUUUUGCCAGUCAUGAAUAUUGGACAUGAACAUGGUUCAUAUCUAAAACUCCGUCAAAAUCAUCUUGUGAAAUCAAAUGUGCAUUUGUGGUUGUGUGUGUUUGCGCGAACCCGGUGGUCGCAUUGUAAACGAAAUGUCUUUUUCAAAGUGCCCAUAUCACUUUCCCUGGUACUCGUACCUUUGGUAUAGGUACGUGGUUCCGGUAACGGAUCGCUCCUGUACCCGCAGUAGGAAAAAAAAUCCCAAACUCAUGACGGAUGAACGCCGGCGGAGUUAUUUUUCUCCCAAAUCUUCCUACAUGGUUUAAAAACUUUCUUCAGUUCAGUGAAAGUCGAGGGAAAUGUCUACUAUCUGACGUUUCCAAAUCACUCAUAUUUUUUUAUUUGUGAAAAGAAAAUUCCCUGAACGAAAAGAAAAUCAAUAAAAUGGGGAACAAAAUAUAUAUACCUAAUAAUCAACAAGCAAACAAAAUAAGGAAAAAAAUGUAUGCGCGGUGACAGUACGCCUCUGUUCGCACUCAACAAAAAGAGGGCACUCGCGCGUACACACGGUGAGUUUAGAUAUGGAAUAAGGUCGCAACAUGGUCGUGAUUGAAAUGGAAUUUGGUGUCUUUAUUGAAGCUUUUUUAAUUUUUAAUAAACGGAUUAUUUUGUUUCCUUUUCGUACAAGGAAAGAGAGCAAUCAAGAUAAGGAAUGUGGAACAAGGUGAACGAAUAAAAGAGUUAAACACACAUAUAAACACAUUACACACACUGUAAAGAAACUACACGUACAUACACGUAAGAGGAAAAAAAGAAAGCAAAAGAGUAACAAAUUUUGUUAUAAGUAGGAAAAAACUAAUAAUUUUAUAUAUUGUGUUUGUAGUACGAAAACAAAAACUAAAUAAAAAAAUGCCUAAGACUAGAAGAGAGAAAAAAUGAAAAACAAAUAAAACGAUAAAAAAAUAAAGUCUAAACGAAGCAAAAGCAGAAAAAUGAGGAAAAUCUGAAAAUCAAUGGUAUAGCGAAAAAUAAUUUCAAAAAUCAUUGAUGGAUGAAUAAAUAAUUUAAAAAGUAAAAUGCAA